AUGAAGGCGGAGAGGGAGGCUUCCUCAAAAGAGACAGUCGUUCCUUCAGUUUUUCCCUUCUUUUGCCUCAUCAUCCUUUCCUUGUCAGUUAUUAAGGGAGUGAACAUCACCAGUCCGUCCUCCAUUGUUCGGGGAACACUUGGAGGAUCUGCCUUGCUCUCGGUCAGCUACACCAGCUCAAGCUCAGACAGGCCUGUCAUCAAAUGGCAGCUUAAGAGGGACAAGCCCGUAACCGUGGUCCAGUCCAUCGGCACCGACAUCAUUGGGAACCUGCGUCCUGAGUACCGAGGCCGAAUCCUCGUGUUUGAGAACGGCACACUGCUUCUUCACAGCCUGCUCUUGUCAGAUGAAGGAACCUAUGAAGUAGAGAUCUCCAUCACGGAUGACACUUUCACCGGAGAAUGCCACAUCAACCUCACAGUAGAUGUCCCUGUGUCCAGGCCCUAUGUACAUAUGGUUGCCUCCUCUGUCUUGGAGCUGAGUGAGCUCUUCACUCUAAACUGUUCCCACGAGAGUGGGACCAAGGUCACUUACGGAUGGAUGAAAGGCGGAAAGCCUCUGACCAAUGACUCGCGUCUGCUCCUAUCACACGACCAAAAGCUUCUGACCAUCUCUCGUGUGCUCAUGUCAGAUGACGACAUCUACAGCUGUGUUGCUGAAAACCCCAUCAGCAGUAUGAAAAGUUUGCCUGUCAAACUCACUGUCUACAGACGAAGUUCUCUCUAUAUCAUCCUCUCAACUGGUGGCAUUUUCUUACUCAUCACCCUGGUGACGGUGUGUGCCUGCUGGAAGCCAUCCAAAAAAAAAAGGCACCAGUCUGCCAGACAAAACAGACAGAGUGCAGUACAGAGCAAUGACAAUCAGGAGGGUAAGAUUGAUGCUGUUCCUAAAAGGACCAGCCAUGGUGCAGGCCGCAGGAGUCCAGCGGGCCUAUACGUUCUCAAAGAAACGGAUUGCCAUGAUGGAGAGGGCGAGUCCCCACAUAACCCUGUCGGUGACCCCAACAGCCCUCACGCUCAUACCGGUUCUUUCCAUCCUGUUUCUCAAGUUCCGGACGAUUUAGUUCACACUUGCCGAAAAUACCCCCGCACUCCAAUCCCUUCACCUUCUUCGCCUCCGCACACGACGCUGGCACCACCUCCUGCCUCUCCACCACACUUACAAAGCUCAGGACACAAACACAACCCCAAUGCAGGCAUUUCCGCCCAUCCACAUUCACAAAAAGAGGAACAUCCAUCUGUGCAUGAUACACUCCAAAACCAUAUCUAG